AUGUGCAACUUUGGUAAACUUGUGGAGGGCAAUCUCCAUUGGACAAUAUGGGAUCCGCAUUCGGUUAACUCGCGGCGAAUUUGUUGUUUUGAUGUUGAAACAGAGUGUUUUAGCAGCUUCUCUGCGCCUCUUGGAGGUGGAGAUGUCGACUUGUCUGUUUUGAGGGACUGCUUGUGUGCUUGUCGCAUCGCAUGGGAUUGGGAUGAAGAUGGUGAAGUAAUUGAGAUAUGGUUGAUGAAGGAAUAUGGAGUGGAGGAAUCUUGGAGAAAGGAGUAUGUGAUGAUCCAGAAUCCUGAUUUUGGCAGGGAUGAUCAGUUGCCGCCUUUUUACUACCCUAUCAAGGUUUUCAAAGAUGGCGACAUCUUGAUGUUGUGGGAAGAGAAGCUGCUCAUCUAUUACUCCAACAACACCAAAACUACUCAACAAAUCUGUGUGUUGGCAUUUGCAGGGGAUAACCAUAACUAUAUCUAUGCCAUGAUUUUCACUCCAAGUCUUUUCUCACUCAAAAAUUUGGGAAUGGAGAAUGUAAUCUCGUUCAACUGAUUUUAUAAGUUGAUAUGCAUUUGUGUUUUGAUCAAUGUAAGUUGGGAAAUGCUUCUAACAAAAUGAAUUGCUAAUAUAGUCUUCCAACUUUGAAACUCUUUGUCCAAA